GAGAUAAUAAAAACAGCUGUUGACACCAAUAUGGGCAUCUCCACUAUAAGUAAAUACUCAGGCUCUUCAAUUACCCAACAAGUAGACUCAAAGAGUUAGGGAUGGAAAGCUCAGCCUCCAGCAAAGCAAAAUGCAUCACAGGCAACAUCGGAGAGGCCGAGCUAAAACUCUGCGAUACUGGGAGUAAACGAGCUGGUUGGAAUACAUUCCCAUUCAUCAUAGGCGCGAUGGCCUUGUUGAUGUUGGCGGGAACUGGAUGGAUGGCAAACUUGAUUGUGUAUUUGAUCCAAGAGUUCCACGUGAACCGAAUCGAUGCGGCACAGACUUUCAACGUGGUCAAUGGCUGCUUCUGUCUCCUCCCGAUCCUCGGUGCUAUCAUAGCUGACUCCUUCCUCGGAUGCUUCUUAGUCGCUUCCAUUUCUUCCUUCAUAGCCUCAAUGGUUUGAUAACAUCUCAACCUCACAAUCUUGCUGUUCACAGCCUCUUUUGAUUGCCGAAUUAUACUGUCUUUGAUAAUAAUCAGCUAAUUGCAAGUAA